AAAUUGAGUUUACUGAGCGAUGCGAAUUACAAAAAUCGGACAAGUUUCAGACAGCUAUUUAUAUAUUUAGCCUAAAUUCAAUACAAUUAGAGUUGGUUUUUCACAUACAAUGUUGAAGGAAGCAACAGCAAGAGUUAGUUAUGAAUAAUCUCAGAGGUGCAUUUCCUUUCCCUAUUAGAUAGCAAGUUUUGUUCAUUUUUUUUUUCAUUCAGAAGAACACAAUGGACCCAGGCAUCACAUGUUGGAUACUUGAAUUCCUAGCUCGACAACCAAUCUCUCAACUUCUUCUAAACAAAAUCCUGACGAACACCCACAUCCCAAUUGCAUCAAUUAAUAAUCCUCGCUUCAAAAAAGCACUUCUUCUCCGUUCAAUCCACGACGAAAUCGCAAAUGGGUCUGCUUCCUCUGAAACAAUUCUUCAAUCACUUGAAACCAUCGAAGAAUUGGACAAUACCCAUAUCGCAGAUUCAAUGAAAUUAGCCUAUCAAGCAGUGGCAGUGGACUGCACUUUGAAGUGGGUUAUUGAAAAACAUGACAAAGGUCAGUUCUUUAAAGCAGUGAAGAGGAUUUGGAGAGGUAGAAUUGAGAGAUUAGAGUCGUUAAAAAAGAGUGAGUUGGUUACUGAUGAAUUAAAGGAGAUUAAGCAGGAGAUAGAGGCUGCUUUGUGGGAUUCGAAUGCGCGUAAGAGAUUGUUGGAUAGGAAUAUAAAGAGCGAAUCUUUGAGGCUUGUUAAGGAUUAUUUAAAUGAGGCUUUGGAUAAAAGGGGGCCUUCUUUUCUUGAAUUGGCUGCUAAAGUUGAGACGGAAAUGAAAGAGAAACAAAAGGGUGCUGUUCAAGUUGGUCUAGAAUCAGCUGUUGUUGAUGGGCCUGCAGGAAGAGGUAAAGAGAGUCUGAAGAAUGACAUGCCUGAUACUUUCUGCCAACGACCAGGAGGGAUUAAGGAUACUGAAAGGGCGCACAUGAACAUACUUUCAUUCAAAUAUAACCCUCUCCUUACUCCUGAAGUUACUAAAGUGAAAGAAGCACUUAAAUCCAGCUCCCUAGAGUUAAAAGCAUUGGUGGAGGAUCCUCUUCCCAAUGCUUUACAUUUGUCUGAGGCUUUGAUUGCUGAAGAGAAAAGAAAAGCCUUAGCUAAGGAGACUGCAGUUAAAACAUGGAGUGGGAAGGGUGUAGAUGUGCCCAAUCCAUCCAUUAGUCCAGUCAUUUCUCAAGCAGCAAAGAGAAUCUUGAAUCCUGUGCCGUCAGCAGAAGAACUCAAUCUACCAGUUACUCAAACUAUGAAGACUAAUACUAUGAUUUCAGUAUCCAGCCAUCAGAAUAUUGAUCCCAAACGCAGUUUAAUGGACUGCAAUAGUACUGCUCGUACCUUUGAGUGGGAUGAUUCAAUUGAUGGCUCACCUGAAGAAACAGCCAAUCCUAUAAGUAGAUUUGAGUUAAAUGGCCCAAGGAGAAAGGCUGUGUCUUCGUUGAAGAACAAUAUCACAAAGUUUGCUAGAAGGAGAAAAAUAAAGAGGUGGAGUGUGGAAGAGGAAGAUGCAUUGAGGGAGAGUGUGCAAAGGUUUGGUAGAGGGAACUGGAAGCUCAUCUUAAACUCCAAACGCCACAUUUUUGUUGACAGAACUGAGGUUGAUUUGAAGGACAAAUGGAGAAACAUGACGAGAUAGCAACUCUGCAUAAACUUAUUGAUGAAGGUAUUAUAUAACACUGUAUAACCAGGUAGGGAGACAACACCCAGGAUCUGUGAUCUUGUUCUUUUCAUUGAAGAUGUAUAUAACGCCAAGAUAACAUAGUUUAGGCUGAAGAUUUAUAUAACCCCCAAAAAUUAUGUAUUAAGUUGCGCGCCGUUAGGGUAGUUAUUUGCUAGACUUGUGGUUCACUUUUGGAUUUUCCAACUACUCCCCCAUGAAAAUGUACUUGUAUUCACCCCGACUUAUUGACCAGCUUGGACUGAUGUGACAGAACUGCUAAUGGCCUUUGAUUUUAGUUCACAUUUGCAGUUUUCUACCCC